AUGGUCACGAGACAGCCAUUCAUACAAAUAUUGCGAAUUGCAAAAGUUUAUGACGUAAAACGGUCUUCUCUUGUGUUUAUUACACAAUAUUUGCUAGUUUUAUGCUUGAUUUGUAAAUCGCAGAACUAGUUUUGUUAAAGCGCAAAGCUCGGCGCAAAGAAAAACCUGUGUUUUGAGACAAAAAAAUCUCUAUCUGCUAUAUCAAAUUGCGUGUGAAAUAUUUUUAAACUGUGAAAUAAUCAAUAUUACGUUUUAUAGCAGGGGGCAAGGCCUGGCUAUAAAUGCUAAAGGCUUCAUAAUGAUUAAUGGACCUAUUUCUGCUAACCUAUUCCCUAAUGAACAAAAUUUUGAUCUAGACAAGUCUGCACAAAAAUUUCAUCACAGCUUGAAAGAGCAUUACAAAAUUAGUAAUAUUCCGAAGUUUCGUUGCGAAAUGUUGUAAGGGACUGGUCAUAAAGUAAUUGCUAGGGUGGGCUGGAGGUAAAUCACAAAUUUUGCCAAUAAGUUUGGUGACCCAUCUUAGGAUGUAGAUAAGAAUUUCAAAGCCCAUCUAAUCUUGCCAAAUUUAUUUCAUGACCCACCCACCCAAUCUAAAUUUUAUAAUAAAAAAAACUUGCAGGUAUGAACAUUGUAAAUAUACACCGGCACUGUAUUGACAUACAUAAUUCCAUCAAGCUUGACCAACACAUUCAUCCACAAUUACGAUACUGAGCUGCUCUCCAGUUGGUUGUAUUUGCUGCGAUUCGACCACUUCUUGUUGUUGUAUAAAACAAAGUACUGGCUUCAAUAGCAUCAUUUGCAUUUGAUAACUUGGAUAGUUUUGUUUACUUUUAUUAUUAAUAUCUUUAUGUAAUAUAUAAUUAACAUGGGUUUUUGUUUGGUGGCCCAACCGUGGACAUACCAAAAAAUUGGCAGCCCAUCGAAACUGCCCAAAGAUUUUCCAUGGCCCAUCCCAAAUCACUCCAGCCCACCCUAGCAGUUACUUUAUGACCGGUCCCUAAAAUGCGGAUAAUAAAGCCCUGCGAAGUUUGCCGUUUUUCAGUCAUUUUGUGUUACUAUUACGCACGAGAAAUUGAUACCUAUGACUGAAAAACGGCAAACUUCGCAGGGCUAUGUUAUCCGCAUUUUACAACACUUCACAACGAAACUUCGGAAUAUUGAUCAAUAUUACUAAUUUUGUGAUGCUCUUUCAAGCUGUGAUGAAAUUUCUGUCUAAACUUGUCUAGAACUAAAUUUUGUUCAUUAGGGAAUAGGGUCCAUUGGCCAAAGUCAACGACGUGACGUGUGCAUGUAGUGUACGUAUGUAUCAGUGUAUUAAUGAAUUCAUCGACUUAUUUUAUUCAAUUUUGCCGUUCAUUACAAUUACUACAAAGUUUUUUUUCCAAACAUUGCAUUAAAAGGGUACUUGACACAUAUACGAAUAGCUAUCGCUGUUUCAAUUUUACAGAAAAACUUUCUUACGAAGUGUAGACCCUAAGCAACUAAAAAAUGUCACUUUGAUCUAUCAUUGAAACUUCCCAAGGGGGAGGUCCAUGACUUUUCAGGAGAGGUGCAAAAAUUCUCAGGGGAGAUGCAAAACGAUCUCAGGGUAGUUGUGCACCUCCCCACACCCAGGGCCGCCGAGAGGGGGGGGGGAGGGCAAAUUGCCCCGGGCCCCCACCUUAAUAGGGCCCCAACUUGAGAGCGAGAGCCUAAAAUUGAGUAGGUUCUUUAAAUUGGUCAGAGCAUUUUUAAAAAUUGAGGGCUCCUUACAGUACGUACCUUCACAUGCAGUCUAGCUGAGGUCUAGUUGGGCCUAGCUUAAAAAUAAUGAUGUCAUGGGGCCCCCAGGGAAGAUUUUCCCCGCGAAUUCUCUCGGCGCGCCUCCCCACACCUUCCCAAUUGCUGGAAGUAUUUUCCUCUGCACUCUUACACAAGUUGUAACAAGGUUGUUGUCAAGCCGAUAUCAGGAUGUGCGCACUGUUUGUUCCCAGUUGUUGUGACAAGUCUGGAACAAGUUAUCACCUGAUUAUACAAGUUUGAUGACGGUAACAGAUUUGCUACGAGCUUGUUACGGGCAGACGAUAUCAGACGAGUCUAUUGGCCUCAUGAUCAACCUUGUUACAAGAUGAUAAGGUGAUUGUGAAUGUCGGAUGGAGUAGAUAAGUUUAGGUAAUAUCACUUUCAAUCUUCUAUCUCAGGAUUCGUCUCAAAAUGGCGAGGCUGAAACAGCAAAACCAGAUCCGAACGUUCAUGGACCUAAAACACAAGAUGAUGUGAUGGCGGAAGAACGAGCUACGAAACUAAAACAAGAGAAAGAGAAGGAAGGUUGGCGAUGAAAUUAUGUACUAUUUAAAACACGAGUAGGAGUGUUUUAUCAAAUAUAAAACGCGAGGCGCAGCCGAUCGUUUUAUGUCUGAUAAAACACUCCUACUCGUGUUUUAAAUUAAAUAGUACUUAAAAUACGAAUACAAAAGAAUACUAAUUAGGAUGAACCAUUAUAUAAUUAUACUAAUUAGGAUGAACAAUUGUAUAAUGCCACAUGCUUUAUCAGAUAUAAAGUCACUCCACAUGACAUAUUAUUGCUGACAUGAUUUGCCACAAGGUUUAUGAAUUAUUAAUGAGUAUGAAUUAUUAAUAAGGAAUGAUAUUAGCCUUCAGUCAGUCAGAAUUAGUAAUAAUUUAUUGGCACAGACCAAAUCAGAACUGUGCCGACGUUACAAAAACGUGAUUGUCCGCCAAAUGAGAGUAGGACAGCGAGAGUUUACUGAGUUGAUUGGAUAUUGGCACGCGCAUAGCAAAAACUCGAAAUUUUGAACAAAUUUUGAGCAAAUUUCUCGUUUUCCCAAUUCCCACUCGUGUUGAUAUAACUGUAUAUCAACACGAUGAGACAGGCAGAGCUUUCAACACCAGAAAAAAGGAACAUGUGAGAAAUGUUAAACAAUUCAAGGACGGGUCUAACAUCGCUAAACAUGCUUGGUCAAAUAAUCAUAAAAUAGACUUUGAAAACAGCAAAAUCAUCGACAAAGGAAACUACCGUCAUAGAUCAACCCUCGAAAGUUGGCACACUGCGAUUACAACUAAUGCUGACAAUAACUCGAAACAUUUGCCUGAACAAUACCGGUUUCUCUUAAAAAGAUCUUGAACAGUUUAUAGUCUAUUUUUCUUGUUAAUAUAAUAUCAUCAUAUAUCUAUAAUGUAGGCGGAGCGGAAGUCUGCGGAACUGUUUAAUUGUUUUUGUAUGUAAUUGUAAACCAAUGUUUUUCCAUGUAAUUCAUUAUCACUUGCCCGUUGAAGACUGCAGACUGGCAGUCGAAAGCUCGUUUCAAUAAAUUUUUAUAAACCAGAGAACGUCCAAACUAUUAAUAUGAAUAAUCCUGGUUACGCUUCUACCAUUUUCACAUAAAAUAAAUGGUUAAUGGUUUCAUUCCAGUUCAAAGGCUUGAAGAAGAAGCGAAGUCAACGACGUCGUCUCUCCGACGUCAGGUUCAGCUAGAACGUCGUCGAAGAGCACAAUUGUUUAUCAACAUGUUGAAGAAAACGAAACCUGGAGCUUCAGAACAAACUUCUGAAAACCAGGCUGAUGACAGGUAAUGAUCACAUGAUUAUUUUAAACGUAGGAGUCGUUUCCCUAGUUAAUGUCUGAACUACCUGAAAAAGAUGUCUCAAACGUGGUGGUCCAGUGUAGGUAGUAUUCUACGAUAAGCAGUCGUGGUUUAUGUCUAAACUACCUGAAAAAAAAUAUCUCAAACACGAGGCGCCAGUGUAGGUAAUAUUGUAUAAUAAUCUGCCGUGGUUUGUGUUCGAACUACCUGAAAAAGAUAUCUCCAACGUGGUGGUGCAGUGUACAUACUUAAAACUCUCACAACUUGUCAACAAGAUGUGUUCGCAACAGGCUUGUAGCAAGCUUGUCAUCAAGUUGUAACAAUGCUGUUAUUUUAUCAAGUUGCUACAAGAUUGUCACUCACAACUUGUCAGGACAAAUUGUUGAAUUGCAGGACGAUAACAAAUUGUUGGAACAACUUGUAACAAGUCUGUUGAACUCAACAACUUUGUAGCCAGUUGUGAACAAGGCGUUGACAACUUGUCAACAAGCUGGGAACAAGCAGUGCGAACACAUCCUGUUGACAAGUUGUUGAAACAGCAUUGCUACAAGUCUGCUGCAGGUUUGUUACAACUUGUGCGUUUUUACGUGUGUAGGUAGUAUUUUAGAAUAAACUGACAUGAACUGUGAACUACCUGAAAACGAUAUCUCAAACGUGGUGGUGUAGUGCAAGUAUUAAAUGUAUGAACUACUUGAAAAAGAUAUCUCAAGGUAGGAUGAACUACUUGAAAAAGAUAUCUCAAACGUAUAGGUAGUAUUCUACAAUAAGCUGUCGUGGUUUGUGUCUGAAUUACCUGAAAAAGAUAUCUCAAACGUGAAGUCCAGUGUAGGUAGUAUUCUACAAUAAGCAGUGAAGUAAAUUGUGUCUGAACUGCCUAGAAUGGAUGUAAUCUACCCCACCGAAGCCUCGUUUAAUUUUCAUGUACAUGUAUUUUAUAAUUUUAGUGAACCUCGUGCUCCAAGUUGA